CGGAUUCCCUUCGGUCCCACUCGCCCUUGCAUCGCUUCUAGACGUCUCGGCCACCCACGUGUGUUGCCAGCCUCCCGACCACGCUGCCGGCACACCCUACAGCUGGGCGCCGACUCAGGGAGAGCGGGAGGGGGAUGUCGAGGGGCUCCGAGAUGCGCUUGGACUCAGACGAGAGGAAGAAGGACUCGGGGGAAGCGGCCGGGGAGGCCCGGGGCUCCGGGGAGAGGUCGGGAAGGCCGAAGCGCUCGGGCGAACCAGCCGGGGAGACCAAGGGGCUCCCGGCCAGAGGCCUGGGAGGCCAGGGGUCUCCGGGGAGGCCGAGCGGGCCGUGCAGCGGACGCGGGUGGCGGCAAGCGGGGCCUCACCGUCAGUCACGGCUCCCAUGGCGUGCGCGGCGGCGGCGGCGGCGCAAGCUGAGGCGGCGGUUGGCGGCGGCGGAGGUCAAACUCCCACAAUGCAGCCGGGUAAACAGCCAUGGAGGAGGAGGCGGCGGCGCCCGCAGCCGCCCGCUCCGACGCCUGAGCCGCGCCGUGCCGCCGCCGCCGCCGCCGCCGCCGCCGCGGGACCCGCGCUCCCCGCGCUCCCCGUACUCCCCGGGGGCGGCCGCGGCCAGCGCGAGUCGGGGCGAGGCUAGGCGGCCGGCGGCGGCCCCGGCUGCAGUCCGGGCCCCCGCCGCCCCCCUUGCCGCCCCCGCCCGGCCCACGCCCAGAGGCCGCCCCGGAGGCCGCCGCCAGCCGCCAGAUCUGAACAGAAUUAAGAAGAACAAGCUUUCACAAUUGCAGCAGAUGAAGAUCCAUUGUUAAAUCGAUCAGGAUUUUUGGCCUAUCCUCCAAAGAAAAGGUGCCAGAGAUGAGAGAAACAGGCUUUCCUCUAUGGUGUCCAGUCACUAACAAUGGAGAGGUAUUGGAAGAAGUUAGAAGGAAACUUGUUUGGCAGAAUGCCAGAGGAGCUCUUCAGUGCCUAGUUUAUGGAGUUUCCACUGUGUGCAUGGAGACUGGCCCUGGGAGGAAAAGAAGACUAGGAGGUGAUUUACAUGGAAUACAGUGAUGACUUGUGCUUUUUUGAAUAUUAUACCAAUGAAAAGGUUAUUAUGAUGCCAGGAAGUAAAUGACCAAGAGGCAGAGAAAGAAGAGGAGUCACAAAUUCAAAAGUCUGUAGAGGCCAGAGAGACCAGGGAGGGGAAUAAAGUAAGCCAGGUGGAACUGUGAGAAACCAUCCAGUCCAUGAUCCAUCUAAUGUGGCAACCCCUUCUCAGCAUCAACAGAUUGUAGGCCCAAUAUCUGUUCGUUCAACAAAGAUUUAUUGGAUGCCAACCUAUGUGCUAUGUUCUCUUCUGGGCACUGGGGAUAAAUUAGUAUAUUGAAAGGACAAAUAUCCCUGCCAUUGAAUUGACACUUAUUUUGUCUUAAGUAAAAAUUGGAUAUGUUUAUCAUGUACAGUUUAUUCUUUUGAAAUAUGUCUUCAUUGUGCAGUGGCUUAAAUCAAGCUAAUUAACGUAGGCAUUAUUUAUGCUUAUCAUUUUUUGAUUGUGAGAGCACUUAGUCUCUUUGUAAUUUGCAAGAAUGCUAUACAUUGUUAUUAACUAUAGUAAACAUGUUCUGCAGUUGAGUUCCUUCUUCCUAACUGAAAUGUCGUACCUUUUGACUAACUGACCCUAAACCCCUCACCUCUAUCCUCUGGUAACCACCAUUCUAUUCUCUACUUCUAUGACUUCAACUUUUUUAGAUUCCACAUAUAAGUGAGAUUGUAUGCUGUUUGUCUUUCUGGGCCUGGCUUAUUUCACUUAACAUAAUAUCCUCCAAUUUCAUCUAUGUUGCUGCAAAUGACAAUAGUUCCCUUUUAAAAAAAAAAAAGUAGAGGCAGGGGUCUCCGGCCUAGGCUGGUUUGGAACCCCUGAACCCUGGGCUCAAGUGUUCCUCCCACCUUGGCCUUCCAGAGUGCUAGGAUUACAAUUGUGAACUACCACAUCUGGCUGGAUUUCCUUCUUUUUAAAGACUGAAUGGUAUUCCAUUGUGUGUGUGUAUAUUACACAGUGGAAUACUAUUUAGCCAUAAAAAGAAAGAAGUAUUGAUAACAUGCUUCAGCAUGGAUAAAGCUUGAAAACAUUUUAUUAAAUGAAGGAAACAAAACACGAAAGACUACAUAUUAUGUGGUUCCAUUUAUAUGAAAUAUUCAGAAUAGGCACAUCCAUAGAGAUAGAAAGCAGAUGUAGUUUUCGGGGGUUGGGGAGGGAAUGUGGGCAGUAAUUGCUUAAUGAGUACAGGGUUUCCUUUUGGAGUGAUGAAAAUGUUCUGGAAGUAUAUAGUGAUGUUGGUUGUACUACAGUGUGAAUCUAUUAAAUGUCAUUAAAUUGUACACUUUAAAAUGGUUAAAGGGCCUGGUGCAGUGGCUCAAACCUGUAACCUAGCACUUUGGGAGGCCAAAGCAGGACAGUUACUUGAGUCCAGGAGUUUGAGACCAGCCUGGGCAACAUUUGCAACCCCAUCUCUAUAAGAAAGUAAAAAAAUUAGCUAGGUGUGGUGGCAUGCGCCUGUAGUCUGUCUCAUCUACUUGGGAGCUGAAGUGGGAGGAUCACUGGAGUCUUGGAGGUUGAGGCUGUAGUGAGCCAUGAUUGUACCAGCUGGAUUGCACUUGAGCCUGGGCAACAGAGUGAGACCCUGUCUCAAAAUAAAUAAAUAAUAAUAAAACAAUGAAAAUGGUGAAUUUUGUAUUAUGUGAAUUGUAUUAAAAAUAUAGCAUUUAGGAAGACUUUCAGGAAUGUAUACUUUAUGUCUUGGAUGUGAGAAGCUGGUUUAGCUAGAGUGGAGUCUUUGUAAGGGGGAAUCGUGGAUGCUAAGGGUGGGAAAAGGUUUGGCUAGAUAUUGAAAGAUAUUGACCAGCCAAGGAGUUUAGCAGCUGUAAAUAUAGCACCAUAUACUCCAUGAGGAAGAAGAAAACUCAAGAGAGGUUGGUGAUCUGGGAAUCCCAGCUAAAGAUUGGGUUUCAAGCAAAGGAAGUGGCCUGUAGUUUUAUCAGUCUGUGCCCUUGCUACUCACCUAACGAGUUUUGUGACAAUGUCACGAAAGUUUCAAUAUUAGUUUAGAGUUUCUUCUUCUAAAAAAAUCCCUAUAAAAGGACAUUGUCUUUUAAAAUAAUCAUCCUGACUAUAAAACUGUGUUGAUAAAAAAAUCAAAACAUUAUAUAAAUAUGUAUGUUAAUAAAAAGUUCCUUUAAGCUUAAAGAAUUAAAGCAUCUUUAAUUCUUUUACCUCUUGCUUCUCAUAUGGUAAAUCCAGAGUAAUCUAGAUGGUUUUUUGCAGAGUUAGCAUCAUCAUCAUCAUCAUCAUCAUCAUCAUCAAUCACUUUUUCACAAAAAUAAGCACCUAUUAUUCAUAGUAUUUUGCAUGUUUCUUUAAGAAAUGUUUAUUUUGGCUGUCUUUGAACUUCUUUCUUUUGGACCAUUACAUUAUAUGCUAUUUUAUUUGUAAAAACAAACAAAAAGUAGAAAAGUUAAGGCCACAUCCCUCUGUUAGAGGAUGAGUUGUUACAAAAUGUAAGAGUAGCUAACACAUACUGAGCACUUAUGUGCCAGGCACUAUUCUGAACAUAUUAAUUUAUUGACUCUUCAUAGGUUAAAGAGAUAGAUAUUAUUGUUACCUUCCUUUUGCAGACGAGCUAACUGAGGUACAGAUGAAAAAAUUAUUCUGCCCACAUCCAGAGUUAGGUGGUGGCAGAGAUGGGUUCCAGGACCAGCUUCAUCUCCAACUUGUGGUUCCCAUGAGGAGUGCUAUAGUUGGUGGUGUCAGAUUUUAGUUAGGGUUUGUUUUUUUUUUUCCCAAGAAAAGUCAAUCUGGAAUUUUUUGUGAAAUUUUUCAAGUUUUAAUAUUGGCUUAAAAAUUAGCUUUAUUGAGAUGUAAUUCAAAUGCCAUAAAUUUACUCCUUUAAACUGUACAUUCGAUGGUUUUUAGUGUAUUUACAAUAUUAUAUAACUGUUUCUUCUAUCUAGGUCAAAAACAUUUUUAGCACCCACAAAGGAGACCCCAUCCCAUUCCUAAGCAGUCCCCCAUCUUCUCUUUCUUCAGCUCCUGGAAACCACUAAUCUGCUCUCUCUCUCUCUAUAGAUUUGCCUAUUCUGGAUAAUUCACCUAAAUGAAAUCAUAUAAUGUGUGAUCUAUUUGUCUUCUUUCAUUUAGCAUAAUGUUUUCAAGAUUCAUUCAUGUUGGAGCAUUUAUCAGUGCUUCAUUUAUUUUAUAGGUGAAUAAUUUUUUUUUGUGUGUGUGUGUGUGUGGAGGGGAUGGAGUCUCAUUCUGCUGCCCAGGCUGGAGUGCAGUGGCAUGAUCUUGGCUUACAUCAACCUCUACCUCCUGGGUUCAAGCAAUUCUCCUGCCUUAGCCUCCUGAGUAGCUGGGACUACAGGCACGCACCACCAUCCUUGGCUAAUUUUUUAAUGUUUUUAUAGAGAUGGGGUUUCACUAUAUUGACCUGGCUGGUCUUGAACUCUUGACCUCGUGAUCCGCCCACCUGGCCUCUCAAAGUGCUGGGAUUACAGGCAUGAGCCACUAUGCCUGGCAAUAAUAUUCUUUGUAUAGAUAUACCACAGUUUGUUUAUUCAUUUGUUGAUGGACAUGUGGGCUUUUGGGAAUAAUGCUGCUAAAGAGUAUUAGUGUACAAGUAUCUGUUUGAGACUCUGCUUUCGGUUCUUUUGAGUAUAUACCUAAAAGUGGAAUUGCUGGAUCAUAUGCUAAUUCUGUGUUUAACCUUUUGAAUAACUACCACUGUUUUCCACAGUGGCUGUACUAUUUUACUUUCCUGCCAGCAAUGUAUGAGGAUUCCAGUUUUUUCAUAUCCUUGCUAACAGUCAUCAUUUUCUGUUCUUUUGUUGUUAUUGUUAUUUAUUACAGCCAUCCUAGUGGAUGAGAGGUGGUAACUCUGAUUUUGAUUUGCAUUUUCUCAAUGACUAAUGACGUUGAACUUCUUUUGUUGCUGUUGUUGUUAAUUUACUGAGCUGGAAGAGUUCUUUCUACAUUAUAGAGUCAAGUCCCUUAUCAGAUAUAUGAUUUGCAAAAAUGUGUAGGUUCUGGAGGUUUUCAUUUUCUUGAUAGUAUCCUUUGAAACACAGAAGUUUAAUUUUGAUGAAGUUGAAUUUGCCCAUUUGACUCUGUUUUUAAAAAGAAAUGACCUGGUGAGUCAGAUUCCAGUCCACUAACUGCCCACUUGUGAUUGCUGCUCUGCUGCCACUGCCCCAGAAACCAUUUGGAAAAAUCCUCAUACUUUUGAAAACACCUGUUUUCUAAAGAGAUGAAGCGAGCUCUGGAAGGCAGAAAAGGCAGAUUUCUCACCAGGAGCAGCUUUGUUUUGGUUCCCCUUUUCCACUCCUGACGUUCCUUCAAUUAGAACACCUUAACGUAGACAUGGAGGCAUGGAGUAGGAAGUGGACAGAGGAUUAAGGUCUCCAGGUUUUAAAGAUUUUAUGUUGAACAAAAGAGAAUAUAGGUUAAAACAAAAGAAUAAAUUGGUGAAUAUAAAUAUUUGCCUCGAGCCAUAGAUGAUGUCCUUUAAAAUCAGAAUGGCCAUGAGAGUGGUUAGUAAUUGUGUGUUUCUAGGAAGAAAGGUUUAUGGACCAGUACAUCUAGAAGUCAUUUGGGGUAAGGUCAAUACAGAGAACUGUAUUCAUUCAUAGUCAUUCACACACAUUAGUGAAAAAUAGUUGAAUCUACAGGCCUUUACCUCCAUCAAGAAAAGGAAAGCUUUACUUUGGAGAUAGAAAGGAAAUGCAAGUUUUUGUAGAACAGACUCUUUUGAGAAACAGUACAAACCCAGAUAGGCUCCUGCAUCACAGCGCAAAGAAGGAAUGUGGAAAAUGAAGGGUGCUAUGUUUACUGGAUCUUUGGCUUUGCUCAGAGUUGAACCUUGGCUGAGGAAGGGAGGAAGAAACAUCCGUGUUGUUCCUUCCCUCUUAUACUAACACAUCUGCACUGUUAGUCCUUGGGUUCCACCCAAAGGCAUUUUGCUGACCAGUUUGGAGACAUGGUUACAACUCAUCUUAUGGUUGGUGGGAAGGUGGGUUCCAGGUUCCAAAUAACACCCUUAUGUUGGGAAUGCAAACUGUUGAUCUCUGGGAGGCUAAAUGUAUGUCUCAUUGUCACCUUGAUUUCAGAGCAUAUACCCUUCACUCUAAUUAUGAAACCCUGUGUUAUAAAGGUGGGGAUGAGUUCCCAUGUGCUUAGAGGGUUCAGGAAAGAGUUGGUUACAGAAAUGGAAUUUGUGGAAGAACUUUGAUUGAACAGUAGGAUUUCAGCUAAGGGAGGGAAACUGUUACAGAUGGAAUGACCUAUAUGAGCGAAGGCUUGGAAGCUGGUAUCUGGAUGGGGUUGGGAUGGGGGCAUGUUUGAAGUUCUGAAUUUGUCAUGUGGGCUGGACCAUAAUUUACCUGCAGGAGGCAAUUGAACACUGUAGAAGUGGCGGAGUUGAGUCCAGGCAGACUGUAGAGGACUUGAAUGCUAGGAGAGAAGUUUUUAUUUAUUUAUUUCAGUGGGGAGCCCCUAAAAAUGUUAGAGCAAACACUAACAUGGCUAAGGCCAUCCUUCAGCAAGAUUGGUCUGAUAGUAUAGCAUACAUAGAUUACAAUUAGGGCUUACUAUGUGACAAGCAUGGUGCCAAUAAUAAUAGCUGACACGGUGUGCUUUUGCACUGUUAAUUUCUUAAUUUUUCUCAUACUCUUAAUAGAUGUAGACACAGGUACAGAGAGGCUAAUUGAUUUCCCCAGAGUUAUACGGCUCAUAGUGGUAGAAGUGGGAUUCAGCCCGGGCAGAGAGGCCCUAGAACCCAUUGCUCUUAAUGGCUGAGCUCAAAAAAUGGUGAUAUUUACUGCCACUUCAGUGAAAGCACUGUCAAUGCAAAGGUAUAUAGGAAAUUAUGUGUAACAAUGUGUUUAAUCUGCAGUUCAUGGCAGCUGAGGCAGUAUGUUAGAACUCCAUAGUCAACUUCCUUUUAUAGCUGAAUAUGGGCUCAAAUUUUCCAUUCCUUGUCUUUUUUUUUUUUUUAAACAGGGUUUUGCUCUGUCAUCCAGGCUAGAGUACAGUGGCAUGGUCUCAGUUCACUGAAGGCUCAAUCUCUCAAAUUUAAGCAAUCCUCCCACCUCAGCCUCUUAAGUAGCUGGGACUAUAGGCACAUGCUGGCAUGUCUGGCUGUUUUUUUUUUUUUAUUAUUACAUUUUUACUAGAGAUGAUGCCUCACUAUGUUGCCCAGACUGAUCUCUAACUCCUGAGCCUUGGCCCCUCAAAUUGCGGGAAUUGCAGGCAUCAGCCCAUCACACCCAGCCUCCAUUCCUUUUCUAUAACUUAAAACCUUCUAUUUUUAAAAAACUCCUCGGCCUAAGGACUUUAAAUCAACAUUUCAAAUCAAGUUUGUCAUAAAACUACAAGCCAGUUUGAAAUCCUUAGAAAUGCUAGGCAUUAUUAAUUAGCUUUUAUGUUAUAAUUUAUUACCUUUAAUAUGUGUAUUUUUAAAUUUUCUUCUCUUUUCAAAUAAUUUGCUAUUAGUGGUGAAUGUUUCUUUGGGAGAAUUCAUAUGUACAUGCACACGUAUGAUUAAGAAAACAAUAAAAAAAUUCAAGGCUUUGAGAUAUUUAGCAAGUGAUACAUUUUACUGUAGAAUGAGUAUGUGUACAGGUUAAGUUUUUAAAAUGCUAUUUAUGUCUUUAAGUCCUCACUGUUGCAACUGUCAUUAUUCCUAAUUUUGCACUUGAUUGCUGUCAAUUCCAGCCACUGAGCUGAUGAAUUCAAUUUACUCUUUCACUGUUCUCCCUCUACUGGAAUACUGAUAUUCAUGACAAACUGUAAGGUAUUUCACUAGAGGGAGCACAGUUAAGGAAAGACUUGCCCCUUGUGCAGAAUACUGCCAUGGCUCUCUUUGGAGAAGAAAGAAGGAAAGGAAAAGAUAUGGUCAGAGGAGUGAGAGAGGAUUUGAACAAAGGCUCAGCCAAUUUUAGGAGGAUAUGAAGAAACCAAAGCCAACACAUUCCUAAUUUAGUGGAUCUGAGAUUCUUGUUACUGAAAUGACUUCAGUUCUUUGGGGUUGAUAAUGGAGAAUCUCUGUUACAAACCCUGUAAUUUACACAGAUAAAUAUGCUGUAGUUACUGUUUUUCAAGUUUAUUAAAAUGUUGUAUGGGGACUGGUGGUUUUUUUCCAAUUAAAAAUGGUUGUGUAGUAUCUUAUAUCUUAGAAAUGUUUUGGGUAGUUUUAGCCUUUUUACAUUAAACUGGAUUUAAUGGUGGAAAGGUCAACCUUUUUGAUUUUUGUUUUUUGUACAUUGUGAUACCUUUGGCCUUUGAACAAAACAUUUUAUGAGUGCAAAGAAUCCUUUUUGUAAAGAGAGACUUACUACUCUUGGCAUCUACUGUGAACAUCCCUAAAUUUGGAUGAUGAGAUAAGACCACAUUUUAAAUAGGUCCUUGGAAGAGAUGAAAUGCACAAAAUUUGCAGUACUUCACCUUUGACAGCCCAGUUCUUAAGCCAUAUAUAAUCUAGUUGGUGGUGACAGCUUUUUUCCACAAGAAUGUGUUGAUGAAUUGUUUCCCCUUCUUCCUACUUUUCUCACAUACUCAGUGAAAUUACUAUCUUGUGUUUACCCUGGUGCCUGGUCUGUAGCAGGCAAUCAGGAAUUGUUGGAUAAAUUGAAUGCUUAUUACUCAAGCCUUAUAAAAUGAAUAUUACUUCAGUGUGCAGACAGUGAAGUUCCAUAGAGUUAUGAGGCAUCCUCAGAAGUGCACUGGCAGAAGCACUGAUUGAUAUUAUAUAGGCAUAGUACUACAUUAAAAUAACAUAUUAAAUGAAUGUAAAUUGUAUUGGCUUGGAGUGGUGGCUCCUGCCUGUAAUCCCAACACUUUGGAAGGCCAAGGCAGGAGGACUGCUUGAGCUCAGGAAUUUGAGACCAGCCUGGGCAACAUAGUAAGACCUCGUCACACACACACACACACACACACACACACACACACACACACAAUUUAUAUAUAUUCAUAUUCUUGUAUUUAUAUAUAAAUAUUCUUAUAUUUGGUGGUAUGGGAAGGGGAUUAUCUAGAUAAGAGGUCAUCAAGUUCUUUACUGUGGGGCUGUAGGUAAUAAAAGUAAGGGUGGCUUUCUGUUGUACUCUUGCUUAUAAACAGUGUGCUUUUCAUAAAGAACACUUUUUAAGUUGCCAAAAUGCAAAAAUCAAAUGCACUGUCUCAGCUUGCAGUUUUGACUUUUUCUGGUGACUCAUUCCAACUUUAAGGAAACCUCUAACAGCUGUGGAUAUCAGAAUAUUUCUAGGAGUUAGGACUUUUUUAUGGGUGAAGAAAGAGUGGGUAAAAUGAAUUGGCUGCAGCAAAAGAGAAUUAGAUGGAGCAGUACCAGGAAGUGCUCAUCAGUCCCUUGUCCCCAUAUCCUCUUCAGUUUGAUAGCAAGUUUCCUAAGAGAGCUCAGUUUGAUAUAAGACACUUAUUUAUAGUGCUUAUUUAUGAGAUUUCUCAAUAAUUGGUAGCUGCUAUUAGUAAUAAUUUCCCUUAAUAACUAUCAUAAUGCCAAGAGGAUACUUAAUAUUUUUCAUUUUAAGCCCUGUUGUGUUUUCUUUAUUAAACCAAUCAAAAACUUUGAAGAAGAAAGAAGUAUCAAGCAGGAAUUGGGAAAGAAGAAGUACUCUAAAUUGCUAUGUUGAUUCCUGUUGGCUACAAGUCAUAUUAAUGAAUCUUGAAAUAGUUUCACAUGAAAAAGAGGAAAAUCAAGCAAUGUCUUGAGGAAGUAGGACCAUACUUCAUGUUUGCCAUUCUCCUUAUUUUUGUUCUCACUCUGCACUUUCAAGGAUCUGAAGAGCUGUAAUCAACAAGCAAGCUCUCUUUGUUACCUAUAUGGCUUAGUGGCUGCAAGCUUUUCUUUUCAAUGGAAGCUUCAAAUGCCAUUAAAAUACAAAUUUUUAUUUUUCUUAAGUGUAGAAUUUCAAAAUUCCAAGUAAUUAAUAAAUUAUGUACUUCAGGAGAACAGAGAGGUUGGGUGUUUACAUAUAAUUACUCAGAUAUUACAGUGAUUUGGAAUGAAUGAAAAAUUGAAAAUCUGCACAAAGGUCAUCUAAGCUGUGUUAAAAGUUAGGAGGGAACUCGAUUCCUGUCAAGGGAAUUACAUUUUUCUCAUUGAUAGUCUUAUGGAGGAAGUUAAUGCUUUAGAAAUGAUUUUUAAAAUUAAAUCUUUCCAAUCAUUUCUACUAUUUUGGAUAUUUUGAUAAGAACAGGAAGUAACCAUGGUUUCACUUUUUGGACUUUUUUCCAGGAAAAAAAUUUGCAGACUUAUUUCUAAAUCUUUCUAAAAUAAAAAUGUGUGUAUGUAUAUGUAUUAUUUAUAUGUGUGUGUGUGUGUGUGCAUGCGCGCCUUUAAAUUGUGAACUCCAAAUAAACCCGCUCUACUAUUCCCACCUUAUAUUUGGGUUGCAGUAACAUUUCUUUAUUAAUUUUUAUGCUUAUGUAAACUUUUUUGUGUUUCUGCAAGUUGGACCAACAAAGAAGUUGGCCACCUCUGUCACACCAGAUGUUUGAGGUGAAAAAAAAAAGAAGAAAAAAAUAAUUCCAUUUCCUCCCGAUCUAGUCGGAGAAAGCACUUACGAACAAGCAUCUCUGACACACAUUACAGGAGUGCUGAUACUACUGCAGUGUGAAACAUGCUGAUCAGAAUCAUUGCUUUUUUUUUUUUUUUUUUUUUUUUUUAACAGAAAGGCAUAUAGGAUUCUAAUUGUCUGCUUUGCACACACUGCUACCCCUCAGGGCAUGUGGAUUUUUAUACAUUGCAGUGUUAAGGACUGUGCAUACAAAUUUUGCUGGCAGACAGGUGGUCAAAAAAGCAUAUGUCAAAAAAGACUAGGGGGAUAGUUUAAAACAUGGCUGACAAGCUGUCUAGAAUUUUUAAGUUUGACAAAUACUGACUCAAUGAGGAGGAAAAAACUAACUACUUUUUUCAUUGACUCAUUUUCAAAUUGCUAUAUAUUUCAUGCACUUUUAUUUUCAGCAAGGAUGAUUGUACAAAUAAUGAUUAAACUUGGCCAUUUAGCUUCCACUUUUUUCUAGGAAGGCAAGCACUUCCAUGAGACCAUCUUUCUUUCCUAUUUUGACUUUUCAUAUGGAUAAUUUUAUAUUUUUAACAAACUGCCUAAAAUAUCACUAAAUGAUAUAAACUUGGAUGAUUGCUACUUAUUUUUUAUUCUGCCAAUUGAACUAGUUGCACUAUUUUAUAUGAACUGCAUCAAAUUGGAUAUACUUUGUAACACAGUAUGAUAUGGAGAGGGCUUAGAGUUUACUAUCAGGUGUACUUGGAUUCAAACCUCCCUUUACACCAUUUGAUCAAACUGAGCAAAUUACUUCAUCUUUCAGCACCUCAUUUGAAAUUGGAAUAACAGUAACUCUCUGUGUUAGUCUGCAGAUUAAAUAGGGGGAAGAUACAGAACAGCUAGGUUGGUGGUUGACACAGUCACUAAUUAGAACUUGUUAUAUGUACUAUUUUUAUAGAGAACUGAACAGAGUUGAGUCUAGUAGCCUAUCUGAUGAAAUUCUUUCAAUUGUCAAUCCCAUAGAAUACAUGAAGAUUAAUCAAUCAGGAUAACAUUUCCUUAUUUCUUAUAAUCACUGCUUUAAUGUUGUAACAGGUGUAUUCAGUCCCACAGAUUGAAUACAGGUGUAUUCAAUCCACUCAGAGGCUCAGAGGUUUGAGCCUCAGUUACCCAAAAUGGUAAACUGCUAAUUAACACAGUCUUUAUAGACUGUCUUCCCUCUUUGUCUUACUUCCCUACGCCUCACUGUGCUUUUUGCAGUCAUCUCCAAAAUAGUUUAGUUGUCCCCGGAUUUUUUUUUUUUUUUUUUUUUUUUGUGAAGGAGAGGAGGAAGGAAGAAAAAGAGAGAGAGAGAACGGGAAUGUUGCUUUAUUCUAAAAAUGGGUAUUGAAAACCUCUUUUAUGCCAAUAAUUGUGCUUAAUAAUGGCCGAUCAAUAUUUCAUUUAAACCUAUGAGUAGGUGUGAUGUGGUACUGACAAGAAUGUAUAGUUUGUGUAUUUAAAGUGGAGAGCUCUAUAAAUGUUUAUUAAGUUUACUUGUUCCGGAUCUGAGUUCAAGUCUUGGAUAUCCUUAUUAAUUUUCUGUCUUGUUGAUCUAUCUAAUAUUGAUGGUGAAGUCUCCCACUAUUAUUGUGUGGGAGUCUAGGGAGUCUAAGUCUCUUUAUAGGUCUUAUGUCUCUGGGUGUUAGGAUCGUUAGCUUUAAUUGUUGAUUGAUCCUUUUAACCACUAUAUCUUUGUUGCUUUAAAAUCUAUUUUAUCAGAUGCGAGAAUUGCAACUCCUGCUUUUUAUUUAUUUAUUUAUUUUUGCUCUCCAUUUGGUUGUUAAAUCUUUCUUCAUCCCUUUGUUUUGAGUCUUUGUGUAUCCUUGCAUGUGAAAUGGGUCUGGAUGUAGCAUACCGUUGGGUUUUGGCUGUAUCUUUUGAUUGGGGGAUUUAGUUGAUUUAAAUUUAGUAUUAUUGCCAUUUGAGGUUAGCUGGCUGUUUUGUCCAUUUGUUGAUGUAAAUUCUUCAUUAUGUUGAUGUUCUUUACUUUUUGGUAUAUUUUUAGAAAGACUAAUACUGGUUGUUUCUUUCUAUGUGUAACGCUUCUUUCAGAAGCUCUUGUAAAGCAGGCCUGGUGGUAAUAAAAUCUCUGAGUACUUGCUUGUUCAUAAAAGAUUUUAUUUUUCCUUCAGUUUUAAAGCUUAGUUUGGCUGGAUAUGAAAUUCUGGGCUGAAAUUCCCAGAUUUAAAGUUCUUUUCUUUAAGGAUAUUGAAUAUUGGCCCCCACUCUCUUCUGGCUUGUAGGGUUUCUGCUGAGAGAUCUGCUGUAAGUCUGAUAGACUUCCCUUUGUGGGUAACCUGGACCUUUCUCUCUGGCUGCCCUUAGUAUUUUCUCCUUCAUUUCAACCCUGGUGAAUCUAACAAUUAUGUGCCUUGGGGUUGCUCUUCUUGAGGAAUAUCUUUGUGGUGGUCUCUGUAUCACCUAGAGUUGAAUAUUGUCCUGCUUUGCUAGGUUGGGAAAGUUUUCCAGAAUAAUAUCCUGAAGGGUAUUUUCCAGCUUGGAUUCAUUCUCUUCGUCGUAUUCAGGUACACCUAUCAAAUGUAAAGUAGGUCUUUUCACAUAGUCCCGUAUUUGUUGGAGACAUUGCUCAUUCCUUUUUAUCCUUUUUUCUCUAUUCUUGUCUUCUGGUUUUAUUUCAUUAAGUUGGUCUUCGACCUCUGAUAUCCUUUCUUCUGCUUGAUCAAUUCUGCUAUUAAAAC